UCAAGCACGUAUCCUUCUUGUUUCAGUUUUAUUUGCUACACAAAGUUUGCAUUUCCUUUUUCUCUAAUUUCAAGGGCAAAGAACAAUCUUGUGAAGAGUAGAAUAUGAGUUCGACAAGCAGAGCAAUUGUAGCAGCUAGCGUAGGAGUUGUAGAGGCCAUGAAAGACCAGAUGGGUAUCUGCAGAUGGAAUUAUAUUAUAAGAUCCGCUCAACAAAAUACAAGGAACCAUCUCUGGUCGAUGCCUCAAGCCAAGAGCCUCUCCUCCUCAACUUCUGCAGUGGUUUCAAGCAAAGUUAGAGACCAGGAGAAAAUGAAGAGGUCAAAAGAGUCUUUGAGGACAGUCAUGUACUUGUGUUGUUGGGAUUCCAAUUGAGGGUCUGGUCAACUGAAGAAAGUGAGCCAAUGUUUCCUGGGAGAACGUCAUUGCUUGAUGGCCAUUCAUACGUCGGCAUGGCAAUGGAAAAUUAGGUUCGGUUUGGUAGUAGAGAAUUUUGAGUUUUAAGAUAAAAUAUUAAAAUAUUAUAUUUUAAUAUUACAUUUGUUUUGGGAUUUGAAAAAGUUGAAUUAUUUAUUAUAUUUUAUAUAGGAAUUUGAGAAACUUAACUCUCUCCAAAUUAUCACUCCCAAGUGUAGAAGUGGUUCAGUUGUAAUAAUAAGGAAGU